AUGCGCCUCCUUGCCACCGACACCGGGUUCAUGUCCGAGUUCGCGGACCCGACCGAAGUCAAGUACGCUAUCCUCUCUCACGUAUGGGCCAGGAAAACGGCCGAAAACGACAAGCCCUACGAACCAGAACUCACGUAUGACGACUACAUCCGCCUUCGCACCGAGCAUGGAGACGGAUCCGAUGAUCUCUUCCUCGACAAACUCCCUUUGAAGGUACGACGCUCUUGCGAAGUCGCCAAACACCACGGCAUCUCCUUCAUCUGGAUCGACACCUGCUGCAUCAACAAGUCAAAUAGCUCCGAGCUUUCGGAAGCGAUCAACUCCAUGUACCGAUGGUACAGCCUCGCGCAAGUCUGCUACGCCUAUCUCUACGACGUCGAUCACGCCAAGACCAAGUUCCACGACAGCGAAUGGUUCAAACGCGGGUGGACGCUGCAAGAGCUCAUUGCGCCCCCAGAAGUUCUCUUCUUUGACAGCGACUGGCAGAUGAUCGGCUCGCGCUAUGACCUCUCGGACGAAAUCCGGGCGAUCACCAACAUAGACCGUGCCGUCCUCCGGAAGGAGCGCCAGAUCUCCGACGUCUGUGUCGCUCAGCGCAUGUCGUGGGCGGCAUCCCGGAAGACGACACGCGAGGAGGACAUGGCCUACUGCUUGAUAGGGAUCUUCGAUGUCCAUCUUCCCCCCCUCUACGGCGAGCGCGACUACGCGUUUAUCCGCCUCCAAGAGGCCAUCCUUGCAAAGAUACCGGAUCAGAGCAUCCUAGCCUGGGGCUCGAACCAAUACGACGAGGGGCUCACACUCGACAGGCCCUCUUCAUGCGCUCUUCCGCCAAACUCCUUCCUUCUCGCUGGGUCUCCCAAGGACUUCGCGAACUGCCACGAAACCGUCAACAUCACCUCCGACAUGCUCGCCCGCGCUCUCGACUGGCCCAACAUCCCCUACGCUCGCUUCACGGUGACUGCGAACGGGAUCUACCCAACCCCGCACUCAGACAAUCACGAUUUCCGACGACGCAACGAAGCUGGAUGA